AUGAGCCCUGACAUCCCUGACUCGCAAGACUUGGCCAACAGGCUAGCUCAGGCCAAAGUGUGGAGUCAGUUCUAUCAGAAUUAUAAUCCAGACUACAAAAUCUCCGACAAGACUUUUGGUGACCCAUCCAAUCGUAAGAUUCGGGUCAUCAACAUAGGUGCUGGUCUUUUUGGCAUCAAUCUUGCAUACUGGAUAUCUGUCAAGUGCGAGAACUUUGAACUCACCGUGUUUGACAAGAGUAGUGAACUUGGAGGUGUCUGGAACCACAACAGAUAUCCGGGAGUUGCCUGCGAUGUACCAUCUCACGUGUAUCAGUAUAGCUUCGCACCGAACCCGGAUUGGCCUCGAUUCCUCAGCCCAGGUAAAGACAUCCAGAAGUACCUUCAGAAAUGCGCCGCCACGUUUGACCUUGACAAGUACAUCAAGUUUCAUACCAGGGUUCUGAAGGCCGAAUGGCAUGCCGAGGGAUUCUGGCGCGUCUUUGUGCGGGAAGAGCUACCAAGUGGCGACUGUCGAGAGUAUCACCAAGAUGCUGAGAUUUUGGUGAACAACUCCGGAAGUCAACACGUCUACCAAUGGCCCAAAGUUGAGGGCCUCGAUAAGUUCAAGGGAACGUUGCUUCACACUGCUGCAUGGGAUGAGCAAUUUGACGAAGAGGCGUGGAAGAACAAGAUCGUUUCUGUAAUUGGCAGUGGUGCCUCGGCAGUGCAGGUAGUGCCUAAGAUGCAGCCCCAUGUUUCCAAGAUGACUGUGUUCUCCCGCACUCCAAUCUGGUUUGCACCUGGACUUGCAGGUGAUGAAUUCAGCCCUGAAUACCGAGAGGAGUUCAAGAAGGAUCCUUCCAAGCUUCAGGCCCAUGGAAAGAGCAUCGAAAGGCGGCUUAACAGUCUCUUUCCAAUCUUUUACAGCGGCACUGAUCACCAGAAGAAUGCCAUCAAGUUCUUUUACGAUCAAAUGAAGAUUAAGAUCAAGGACCCGAAGCUCCUCCAGGGCUUUACUCCCGAAUUUGUUCCCGGAUGCCGUCGCGUGACUCCAGGCGACCCAUUCAUCAAUGCAGUCCAAGAGCCAAACGUCGAGGUCAUCUUCAAAGGCGUGGCAAAGCUCACAGAAGACGGCGUCAUCGAUACAGAUGGCGUUGAACGAAAGGUUGACGCCGUAGUCUGUGCAACUGGGUUCAAUGUCGACCUCAUUCCACGAUUUGAAGUCAUUGGACCAAACGGCCUUCGCAUAUCCAAAUUUCUUAAGCAGAGUCCAGACAGCUACAUGUCGGUCGCUUUAGCACAGUUCCCAAACUACUUCCACGGGAGUACCGGCGCCUACUGGCCCUCUGCCAACGGAUCUCUCAUCGGACCCAUGGACGCAGUCGCAAACUAUGUAGUCCAAGUCAUUCAGAAGCUGCAGAUGGAGCACAACAUUAUCAGCGUGGUUCCCAAGCAAGAAGCGAUGGACGACUUCGUCGAACAUGCUCAGACAUGGCUGAAAGGCUGUGCGUGGUCAUGGGACUGUCCAGCUUGGUACAAGGCACACUCUGGACCGUUGAAAGGUCGGGUGAACGUGAUUUGGCCAGGCAUUACACUGCAGUUUGUAAGAGCCUUGAGCAAAGUCCGCUGGGAAGACUAUGACAUCACGUAUGCGGCCAGUGGCAAGAAAGGCGCAAACCGGUUCUUGUAUCUCGGCGAUGGGCUUGUUAAGGAGACGUUCGAUCCCGAUAUGGAUGACUCGCCGCAUAUUCACCUCGGGGCUAUUGACCCUAGGUGGGCGAAGGCUGCUGGGCUGUCAUUCGUAGAGGGAAUGAAGCUGUUGAAUUCUUAA